AUACAAAAUCAAAAUAGUCUCUAAUCUCAAAGAAUUAAUAGUCAACUGGAAUGUUAUAACAUGUAAGGAAAUACAGAAUAUAUACAAAUGUUUUUUUUUAUUAUUAUUAGGGUAAGAGGACCAAUAACUUGGGAAAUUUAGAAAAUUCUCUUGAAACAAGAAGUGAAUAAGCUGAACCUUGAAAUUGAACAGGAUUCCAAAGACACAAAGAUGGAGGAAGGACAUUCCAGGCAAUUUAGACAACCUGAGCAAAGGCAUGAGAUGGAAUGCAUUGUAUGAGAAAUAGCUAGUAGGUCAAUAUAGUUGGAGUUCAGGGUGCAUAAGGGGAAGUAAUAGAUAACCAGUCUGAAAGGAUAUAAUUGAGCCAGGUUGGGAAGAGCUUUUCAUCCCAGAAAAUUUGGCAUUUUAUCCUAAAAGCAAUAGGAAUAUUUCCUAUCAAUCCUGAGACUUCUUGAGCUUCAUGAUCAGAUUUGAUCAGUAACAUGACCAGACUUCAAGGGUUGAGGUGAGAAAUGAAUGAGAGGUGAAAAAAAAGUAGAGUCACUGGUCAUAGACAGCCAUUUCCAGGAGGUUAAUUGUAAAAGAGAAGAAAAUAUAGGACAAUAACUUAAAGGAUGGGAAAAUCUGGGUGUGCUUGUAGGUAUCCGGAAAGAAAUCUAUGCAUAAGGAGAAAUUUAAGAGUAAAGGAUGAUGAAGGGAUGAGCUUCUAGAACAGACAGGAGAGCUAAUCAAAAGCACCAAGUCGAUGAAUAUGGCUGAGAGGAAAAGGUCUAUCCUAAAAGGCAAUUUAUAAUUGCCUAAAUAGCAAUAUAAUGGAGGCUUUAGAGGACACAGUGGAAAAGGCGGGUAAAGUGAGGAUCACAUGUGGGAUGGGACUGACAUGAAUGGGUAUGAAGGAAUAAGAAGUGGGAGCAAAGGCAAUGGAGCUUCUCCAUUGGCUUUGAUAAAGGCAAAGACUACCUAUUCUCUGAGACUGAAGUGAUUUAAGAUGGGAAAUUGGAGAGAAGAAGCAUUUUAAUUGAUCUCAAUUUUUUCAGUGAUAUGAGACAAUCCUUCCUCUGAAAGGAUUAGAGAGGAUUAGAAUAUAUUCAGAAGGUUUAAGGAAAGAAUAGAAGGCUGGGAACAGUUGCUUAGGUGGGUAAGAUAAACUUUUUUAGGAAAGAAUGUAAAGAGAGAUGGUAGCAGUGAGGGCCAAGUUGAAAUUAGAUUGUACAACUUUGCAUUGGACUAAAUCAGUAUACUUGCAUGAGUUCCUCCAGCAAGGUUCUGUAGCACCCCAGCUUAAGAGAAAAGAGCUGAUAAUGGGAGAUGUGCAGAAUUAGGUUUAAAAAAAGAAGAGUGGUGACAGAAAAUUCAUCCUAAGAGGACAAGGGAUUCAAAGAAUCUUAUCUUCAGAAGGAAAAGUUAAGCUGGUUUAUUAAAGGAUCGCUGAUUUUGCAGGGAAGAAAGUUUUCUGUUCUUUAUCUUGGAAAUAUUGUGCUUGCUUAUAUUUGUCAUAUUCAGAUUAGCAAAAAAUUAAAACUGGGGGAGAGGUUAUAGCUGGGAUAUUAGCUUGUGAAAACAGAGAGAGGCAAGGUUUCUUUAGUAAGAUUAAAGACUAAAUUUCAGAAGGAUGAUACCUAAGAUAAAGUGUAUAGAAAGGAGAUUAUUUAUAGUCUCAUAGAAGAGUUUCAGAGUUAUGAGCUAUUGAUAUCAAAUACUGAUGGUUGGUCAUGAGAUUUUAAGGAUAACAUUUCCUGUGCUGAUUUGAAAGAAAAGUACAGAUGAUAAAAAACUGAGGAGCUCAAUGAAUAGGUAAGCAAGGGUGUUUGAAUGGACAUCAGCAUAUAUUUGAAGUCUCCAUGUAAUAAUAGCAGAACUUGGAAUGAAGAGGAAGACUAUGACCAGGUUCUGAAUUCCUUGAGAAAAGAAGAAACAAAAGGGAAAAGGGUUAAAUUGUAGCCCCAGGUUCUAGAUAGGGUGCUAUAUCUGGACUGAAUCUCAGGAGAAGUUAAUGAGUGAUGGUAUGAGGAAAAAAUCCUAAAAGUAAUAAUAGACAAGAAGAAAUAUCUCCCCAGGAUGUCAGAGGGCAUGAGAGAAAGUGUUUGCAGUCCUGUAAAAGAUAGAAAUUCUGUGUCUUCUAAAGAGAGUCAGAUUUCUGACAUUGAGAGUAAAUGAAAUAUGGCUGAGAGGAAAGGAUCUACUCUAAAAGGCAGUUUGUUAGCAAUAUAAUGGAGGUUCAAGAGGACUCAGUAGAAAAGGUUCCUGUGCUGAGACCCAUGGACCUGAUGGUGGAAGCCACACCCAGAAGAGUAUUUGCCAAUGCACACACGUAUCACAUCAAUUCCAUAUCGGUCAACAGUGAUUAUGAGACCUACAUGUCAGCAGAUGACCUGAGGAUAAACUUAUGGAACUUUGAAAUAACCAAUCAAAGUUUUAAUAUCGUGGACAUUAAGCCAGCCAACAUGGAGGAGCUCACGGAGGUCAUAACGGCGGCAGAAUUCCACCCACUCCACUGCAACACCUUUGUAUACAGCAGCAGUAAAGGGACAAUCCGACUGUGUGACAUGAGGGCAUCAGCCCUUUGUGACAGGCACACAAAAUUUUUUGAGGAGCCAGAAGAUCCAAGCAACAGGUCAUUUUUUUCUGAAAUCAUCUCUUCAAUUUCUGAUGUGAAGUUCAGUCAUAGCGGAAGGUACAUUAUGACCAGAGAUUAUCUGACCGUCAAAGUUUGGGACCUCAACAUGGAAAAUCGGCCCAUUGAGACUUACCAGGUUCAUGACUACCUCCGCAGCAAGUUGUGUUCUCUCUAUGAAAAUGACUGCAUUUUCGAUAAAUUUGAAUGUGUGUGGAAUGGAUCAGACAGUGUCAUCAUGACUGGAUCCUACAACAACUUCUUCAGGAUGUUUGAUCGAAAUACGAAGCGUGAUGUCACCCUGGAGGCUUCCAGGGAAAACAGCAAGCCCAGGGCCAUCUUGAAACCCCGCAAAGUAUGUGUAGGUGGCAAACGGAGAAAAGAUGAGAUCAGCGUGGACAGUCUGGACUUUAGCAAAAAGAUCUUACAUACAGCUUGGCAUCCUUCAGAAAAUAUUAUAGCAGUGGCGGCUACAAAUAACCUAUAUAUAUUCCAGGACAAGGUUAACUAGGAGGACAAGUUAUACUUAAUAAGCUUACAUACUGAAUACUAGUCAAACAAGUUUUUAAAUUUCUUUGGGUUUUCAUUUUAUUCAUUGACUUUAAUUUUCCUAUGCAGGAAACAAUUGGAUAGAAGAAAAGCAGUCCAAAGGCCCCCAAAUCCCCCAAUUUUAAGAAACUGUGUUGGCAAAUCCAACAAAUAGGUUCAGAAUACUUUUGUUUAGAAUUGAGAGCUGCCAGGUAAACCAGAACCCUUCCAUAGUUGACUUGAAUUUCUGAUUCUUUUAUUACCCAGUUCUCUCUGGUGAGUCCAGUGUUUUGUUUCUAGGUGUCUGCUGAGGUGAAAUGAGGUUGUCUGUAGUAUUUAAGGGGGGAGGGGGAAGAUAAGAUUUUUUUUUAAUUAAGCAAUUCCAUUUGAUUGAAAAAUAAACACUGUUUACUCUACUUUUGGAUAAAAAUCUGUUUGCUUCCUAGAAAACCAGAAUUGCUUUCUCCCCUUAUUUUAAAAAAAAAAUUCUUUUUUGUUGUUGCUGUUCCAAAUAUACAUAUAUAUAUAUAUAUAUAUAUGUGUAUAUAUAUAUAUACACAUACAUAUUUUUAUUUCUUAUGAGACUCUGCAGGCAGAAGUUCAGGACCAAGGUUAGAGUCUGGUUAAAAGUUGUAUGCACACUAAGGCUCCUUACAUUUCUCUGUUACAACUCCAGGAAGAUUUGGCUCUAGAUAUGCUUCUGUGCUUUGGUGAAUUGGUAGAAAAUACUUAAAAGAGAACUUCCAAAGUCUGCCAUGAUAAACUUAAAGGGGCCUGGACUCUACCCUCUUUUAUUUAAUUUUACUUUUUUCUCUGUCUGCUUCUUUUAAGUAAUUAUUUAUUUAUUUACUUAUUCAUUCCUUUGAUGAAAGCCUAAAGACAAAAGAAAGUUGCUGCUUAUAUUUUGACAUUCCAAAUGCGGGAUCACCCCUUUCCAGAGUGUCCCAAAUUGGAAACUGAAACCCAAGAAUUCUCCUUAUUCCCCCACUUCUUCCCUCAGAUAUUAGAGCCAACAGAGUAACAAAGCCCAGUUGAUGCUGGAAUAAGAUUAAUCAAUUUUAAAAGGCCAUUUUCUGAAAGUUAAUUGGAAUUUGCAACACCCCCAAAAGCUUACUCUUUUCCUUUCCAAGGUGAAAACCCAUGAGGUUGGACAACUUCUCCUAGUGUAAAAACUGUGCAUGAAAGGAACAAACUGUCUGUGAAAUCCAUUGGAAUCUCCUAAGAUUGUCUAAUCCUUCAAUGCCUCCUACUCAAUUGGGGUUUCUGACUUGUGACCCUUCCUGAGAAAUGCCACUGAUAUCCCCCUAAAGUACCUCAGGGAGUACAACUCAAUGAAUUCAAAGGAUUUCUGGCUCCUGGGAGAGUUCCCACAAACACACCAGGGCCUGGAUUUCACAGUAGCUGCAGUAUUUGCUCAGGUGCUGGCCACUCACUCAACCUUUCAUAGACCAUCUAACCUGCCACCUGAGAGAAGAAAGGUGGGUCAGGACAGACCUCAUGGGCGGCGAUUGUUAAAGGCGGGUUUUCAUUGGUAUGUGGCUUUCCAUAGAGCCAGAACAAUCACAACUUUCAGGGUUGACAUCGAAGGGAACAUUGCCAGGACUGGGGAAUAAGGGGAAAUAGCAAAAGUCCAUCUUAUUUUCCCAGUGUCUUUUUUGUUUUA